AUGUACUUGAAACCUGUUAAAUUGUGUCUUGUAAGACGCAUAAUGACGCAGAGUUGCGUUAUGUCUUUGGUUUCUACUAAUGUUAUGAGGCCUUUCUUCUUGUGCUCAUCCAAGUCUAAACCAUGUUCCACGCGGUUAAUCGCAGCAUCGAAAUCGGUUAAACAGGUGAGAAGGUUCAUGUCCUUGACCUACUCCCUUAACCGGUUUGAUAACGUUUGCCAAACCGGUCCACCUGAAAUUCAAUUUCCUGGUGGGUCUCCCUCGGAGGAAGAGUUACCUUCACGGCCGAGUAGAGGACCAGAGUUGGCCCCACUAGAAGUCCCAGAACUUCCUAAUACACCGGAGAUAAAACCAUCGGAAACUCCACCGGAAAUUACGACGAUUCCCAGCGAUCCACCACCGGUUGGACCGCCUCAAAGUCCUGGCCCUGAGUUUCCAGUCCCACCGCUUCCGUCUCCACCGAUGCCAGAUACCCCAAAUCCUCCAGCUCCAGAAAGACCUCCUGAUGUGGUGCCUCCAAACUGGGAACCUCCUCGUCCACCGGAGAUUCCCCCGCCGGGAGUAGACCCACCACCGCCUAUGGGCCCCACUAUCAUAUAGCAGACUUACUUUCUUUGCUUUGUGCAGUCUUGUCGAAGUUAGUUUUUCUUUAGUUUACAGUUAUGUUUUGAGAAGGCAAUCAUAAGUGUUUUUUUUUAA